AUGACCGUGGAGACUAAGAGACUACCCUUGAGAGAGUUUUCUAGCUCGAAGAUUAACAAGUUAGGAUCCGUUCCACAAAGAAAUUUGACAAAAACUAAGCUUCCAUCGAUUAAAGCCUUGAUAGACUAUACACCGCAAUUGCCAUUGACCAACGAACCAGAGACUCAACUGCCCUUGUCUCCACGAAACUCGAAAGAUCUGACCGCUGCAUCAGAGAAACUGCGAGUCAGACUACAAUUUGCAUAUUAUAAACUCAGAACAAACAGAGCCCACUCCACAUUCAAAGAGUUAAAGAGUCAACUGGAGAUUCCAACAACAGGGCCAAAUUCAAGAAAGAGAAGGAAACUGGUUGUUUCACAAGGUAAUUACAGAGCACCAGUAGAAUCCCAAAAUUUCCUACAUUUCUCCGAUCAUAGCACUGCAUCGAUACACACGACACCUCGCAACAAGCACCAACGAUCGCUCUCAUCACUGCAAAGACAAGACACUCCGAUGAGUGUGAAAGCUGCAAAGUCAUUAUUGCAUCUUUUCACAAGCAAUCAACACUAA